GCGCCUGCUGCACGCCCUUGCCAGCGUUCCUUGAGAGAGGGCUGACGAACGCACCCGGGCUCGCCACACGCAUGUCACGUGACCAUGGGCAGCGCAUCGUUGGCGCGUCCCACGCGCGAAAGAGCACAAACGGAUGCGCAUUACGCACCUCCAAGCCAGAAGUCUCUGGAUUUCUACCCUCUUUCUCUUCGUUCCUUCGGCGCAAGCGAUGGAGAAGAAGCCUCCUUACAGAGAUGAAACCGAGCAAUGGAAAAUUCUCGAAUUCUACAGUGGCAUCGGAGGCAUGAGAUAUUCCGUACAGAAAGCUGGAAUUCCAGCAACAGUAUUGGAAGCUUUCGACAUCAACAACAGAGCUAACGACGUCUACGAACUCAAUUUUGGCCAUCGCCCGCAUCAGGGUAACAUCCAAAGCCUCACUGCGUCUGAACUAGACAAAUAUGGAGCGGAUGCUUGGCUGCUGUCUCCUCCAUGCCAACCGUAUACACGGCAAGGUCUCCAAAAGGAUUCUGAGGAUGCUCGGGCAUCUUCCUUUCUCAGGAUACUUGAACUUAUCCCACAUACGUUGAGACCCCCACUCUUGCUGUUUGUGGAGAAUGUUGUUGGAUUUGAGACAUCGGAUACACAUAAACAGAUGGUGGAAGUUUUGGUCAAAACUGGUUUUGUUACGCAGGAAUUUAUCUUGAGCCCGUUGCAGUUUGGUGUACCAUAUUCUAGACCUCGAUACUUUUGCCUGGCGAAGAGGAAGCCUUCAUCAUUUCAAAACCCAUCCCUUGAUAACCUGCUGCUUUGGACACCCUCUCCCUUCUUGGCACUUGAGAAGAGUGCAUGGACAGAUGAACUUGAUCACUCAGAUGAAAGACGGGAAAUAUCAGACCUAUCUUGUGAACCAAUAAAAAACUUCCUUGAAACCAGGUUCUCUUCUGAUAGUCAGUUGGGAAAGGCAGAAUCAGAUUUAUCCUAUGAAAGGAUACAUCCAGUCUUGGAGGACAUUGCUACAAAUGCUGAGGAAAGUGAUGAAGAAAAUGGUUCUGGUGGUAGUUCCUUGGACCAAUACGCUGUUCCGUCAAGCUUGAUCGACCGGUGGGGAAGUGCGAUGGAUAUUGUGCACCCUGAUUCCAAGCGCUGCUGUUGUUUUACCAAAAGCUACUACCGGUAUGUGAAGGGUACUGGCUCCCUUUUGGCGACUACUCAAGUAUUCUUUACUGGGGAACAGUCUAAGUGUAGCAGUGGUGGCGCCCUUGCUCCAGUAUCUAUUCUCCGAACCGUCAUGAUUACCUGUGUACAAGGUUCAACUCCAUCUGAAACCCACGCUGAGGAACUGUAUGAUCCGGGACCUGAGAAUAUUUGUAGUAUCCUUGGGUCUGUGGCUCGGUUGAAUGUGGACCGUUGCUGCAUUUCAUUUGAAACUGUCAAUGGUUAUGAUUGUCAUUUGGAAGAAAUUUUUGGGGCAUAGGCCAUCCAUGGUGGGAUCAAUCAGGCCAGUGUUAGGGAUUGGCGAACCGUUUGCCCAAGUCGUACAAACUGAAGACCAGGGGAAUGAUCAUGUCUGUUCUGCUCUGUUCGUGAUAGGUAGGUUAGGACUCAAAUCUGUUUUCUCAGGGUUGGGUUUUCAGCAUUCAUGUCUUAUCUCUUAAUGUAGUGAUUUGUGGGCUUAAAUAUCAAUUCUGCUGGUGUUUAUGUU